CUCCGUGAGGGCGGUGGGCGCGCAUUUCUCUCCCACCCCUUCCAACGACGCCCUCCGCCCAGCCUGUGAAGCCCUCGGUGCGCGGUCCUCACGCCUCCAUUCCCAAACCCCGCCGCACCGACUAACGCGCCGCCCCUGUGGGAUGCAGAGGAGGGGGUGUGCAGGGGGUCUUCUGGGAAGGAGGGCUGCACCCCAGUGUGCUGACGCGCAAAACCAGGCGGAAAAAUGAUUUUCCCCGGAGCCCGCGUUCAUUCAGCGUGCUCUCGCCUCUGCGCGACUGCUUUCUCUGUUUACUGGACGGCGGCUGAAGAGCCCCAAGCGUGAACUCGGCCUGGGCAGUGGUGGCUCGGAAACCCUUGGCCUUUCACAAGAAGGGGGUAGGGUGGGGGCAGGGCGCGGACCAAACCAAGGCAACCUGGGUGCUCCGAGCCCUAGCCGACUUUUGCACCUCCCGGAUGAGCACGCCCUCCGGCCCGGGACCCGGCUUGUCUGGAGCCUACCGGGACCAUAGCGAAGGCUCCACCCCAGGCAGUCGCGUCCAGCUGGCCCUGGGCCUUGACGGGUGCUUCGGGGCAAAGGUUCUCAAAAGAUGCUGCAGCCAGAUAGAAAGAUUUCGCUCCCCUUUUCACAGCUGGUGGCUUUUGUUAUUAGAGACGCACCUCCAUUUUUAAAACUAAUUGUUGCCACGGAUGGGUUACUACAACUCUGGAAGUAGCAGCUCCAUGCUGGAUGUAGUGGAAGAAUCUAGGUCUCCGCUGCAAGAGGAGCCGCCGCCAUGUCUCCGCAUCAGCAAUGGAAGGUCGUGCAGAACUGUUCCAGUUUCCUGAUCAAGAGGAACAAGCCAACCUACAGCGCAGAGCCCAAUAACUUGAAGGCCCGCAACUACUUCCGCUACAGCAGGCUGAUUCACCACAAGACUGUGGGCGUGGAGUCGGCAGCAGACGGCAAAGGUGUCGUGGUGGUCAUGAAGCGGACAUCCGGCCAGCGGAAGCCUGCCACCUCCUACUUGCGGACCAACAACAACAAGAAUGUUCGCGCCACGCUCAGCAGCACCAGACACAUGAUCCGCAAGAACAAGUACUGCCCCGACCUGCGCAUGGCAGCCAUUCGCAGGGCCAGCGCCAUCCUGCGCAGCCAGAAGACUGUGACAGUGAAGAGGAAGCGGACCCGCCCCACCGAGAGCUCCUGAGCCCCCUGUUCCCAGAGCAAUAAAGAGUCAGCUGGCUUUCUUACCAAAAA